CGACACGGAUCUUUCAACUUUGUUCUCAUGCCGUCUUGUGUGUCCAUCUCGCCGUAAAAUGGAGUUUCUGUGGAGGAAACGCCGAGAGUUUAGGACGUUCGCUGCGACUUUGUAACACCCUGGAAGAGUUCGUGUGCAAAGCCUUUUGCACAAUCACUCAGAAAAGGGGCGAGUGCAAAUCGUCCUUUUCAUCGCUCACGGAGGAAAAUUCCAGACCGUUUCAGGAACACUCUCACAAAAACAGCAAAAUUCAGAUCUUUUCUUCGCAACGAAGGAGAUUUUCGCUACUUUUCAAGACUACAGUGAGUACAGGACUACAUCACCAUGGGGCGUUACACGGGAAAGACCUGUCGUCUGAUCUGCAUGUUGACCCUGACCUUCAGUUUCUUCCUGGUGGAGAUUGUCGUUGGUUACGUCACCAACUCCAUGGCCCUGGUGGCUGACUCCUUCCACAUGUUGUCAGACGUGGUGUCCUUGGUAGUUGGUUUAGGUGCUGUCAGGGUAAGUCUUGUGUAUUAUGUUAUUUGUUUGUUUACAGAAAUUGAGGAGAUCACCAACCCAAUACUGAUCCUGAUCGUGGGGGGAGCGGGACUGUUUAUCAACCUCAUUGGCCUCUUCCUCUUCCACGGACAUGGCCAUGGCCAUAGUCACGGCGGGGGCCACGGCCACAGUCAUGGUGGCCAUGAAGAGGACAGUAGUGAUGGGGAGGAGGAGCUAAUGGUGACUGUUAAGGAUGGUAACGGCACCGUGGCACAUGGAGACAUGGACCCCAAAGAUGGCGAGAAGGAAAACACAAAAGAAAUUGCCUCCAGUGCCCAGUUGAACAUGCGUGGGGUGUUUCUCCAUGUGCUGGGCGAUGCCCUCGGCUCCGUGGUGGUCAUGAUUAGUGCUACCAUCAUCUGGCAGGCAGACGGGGACUGGAGGUACUAUGUUGACCCUGCCAUGAGUAUUGGAAUGGUGAUCAUCAUUAUGUCAACAACCUACCCACUGUUAAAGGAAUCAGGACUCAUCCUUCUCCAAACAGUCCCCCCUCACCUGAAGAUGGACGCCCUCAGGAGAAAACUGAUAGAGCAGGUGGAUGGAGUGUUGGCGGUCCAUGAGUUCCACAUCUGGCAGCUGGCAGGGAACAGAAUCAUCGCCUCCGCCCACAUCAAGGUGCGGAACCUCGCUGACUACAUGCUCAUCGCCGAGAAGAUCAAGGAGUUCUUCCAUAAUGAGGGCAUCCAUUCCACCACCAUACAGCCAGAGUUUGUGCAGCCGUAUGAUGAAAUGUUCCUGAAUGCCAACCUGUCGCAGUCGGACGCCUGCUUCCUGGCCUGUGCACCAGAGAAAAACUGCUUCACCAAGACUUGCUGUGGGAAACCUGGGGUGGAAAACAAAGAGAUCAGACAGAGGAAUGGUGGAGGGGUGGAGAACGACGUGGUUCAAGACCCUGUGCUUGUCAGUGUUGUCAGGUCGGACGGACAGGCGGUCAGGCCGAGUGACGUGAGACUGAUGGAAGAACAGGAGGGGGGAGGGGGGAGUGACAGUCACUGUAGCAUAGUUUCAGUUGAGAGCUCUCUAUAGAAGCAGUGUGGAAAUACAACUUGGGUCCAUCAACCGGCAAGUUCACAAGUAACAUUGUAUUUUACAUGUUCCACAAGAUGUGUUUUGGGUCUGUAGGUUGAAGUGAUACUGCAAUAUCAAUUGCAGUUACAUGUAAUUCUGUGUUAACCGUGUUUGCUACAAGAGCCUUGUGUUUUCAAGAGAAUUUUGUACAAUAUUGUUUUAAGUCAUUGAAUUGUGAACAGUUCUUGUCUCUGUUCUAACUGCCUACAUUCACAUCCAGUUAUUGUGAAAACAGAUGUUGUAAUGCAAUGUAUUUUGUACAAGUCUUACUUCUUGACAGUCUGCCAGCAGCAAGAUUCCAACUGACCAAAUUUGAUUGAGAACCAACCUGUGCCAUUGAAAUGAGUUCAGGAACUGACUUUUCACUGCUAUAUACUUUUACAACCAACAUUACUGGUACUUAGAAAGAAUGUAGGCACUAGAUACAGUCAUAUUAACCUUCUCCCUGCUGAAAUAGCCUUUUGGCACCAAAGCUGUACAAUGUGCAGGGGGAGGGUUAAUAUAUGUGAAUGCAAUAAUCCUUCUGGUUUUGCUGUGAUCCUGACUACAAGUAUUUGUAGAGGGCCAAGUUGACAGAGAGGGCAGAUGGACCAACAGUAACAGUGUCUAGUGGUAAAUAUUUCCAGACCAGUCCAUUUAAGAGUCAGGGAGUGCAAAAUGUAAGAGAACACUAGAUCUUGAACUGUUCCUACUUCCUACCAAUAUUACAAUUAAAAAUAGAAUAACCCUCAACUAAAGCAAACAGAUUUGUCACUUAGACAAACUUUUUCAUCCAAAGAUAAUUUUAAUCUUUAUGGUGCCAAGAUUGUUACAUUGUAGACAAACACUAGAAGUGGAGAGAAAAGAUAUAUUUUCCUGCAAGGGUAUCAAAAUCAACACAGUAUUAGAUUACAAGUCAAUAAUAAUAUUUCAUAGUGCUACAAUCUACUGUUGUAAUAUAUUUUACAAAAGUCAAAAUUCACCAUGUGAAUUUAUGACAAUUGUGUAUAGUAUAUUAGCCUAAUUGUAAGAGAAUAAAAAGGGCUUUGUAAAGAUGAAGUAGGAGCCUCUGUUGGACAGUACAUGUACUACUCAUACCUCUGUGUGCAUUAUAUGCAUGACUUCAAAAUAUAUAUUUAUUCAACAUUAUCUGUGAAUUACAUACCACAUAGCAAGUAUUGUCAGAAUUUGGAAGAAUACCACCACUUCAUUUUAAGGGUAGAUAUACAUGUACAUGUAUAUAUACUAGACAUGUAGUAGCCUUUGUGUGUGCAGCCCCCUUUUGUUUAAUAUGAACAAACCAUUGCUCAGUCAACUGUGCAAGAUGUACAAUAUGAACAGCCCCAAGUUUACUCACUGUGAAAAAUUGUACUUAAAAUGGCCUGUCUGUUCACGCUCAAAUGUACACUACUCGAGAAACACUGUAAAAAUUGUUCCUGCUACAAUAUGCUAGUCCAUCUGAGGUUUAAAUCAUUGAGUAAAAAGAUGACAUGUACAAUGUCAUGUACAUGUAUUAAAAACAAAUAAGUGUUUGAUUAUAGAAUUCUUACCAUGACAAAAGAUGUGUAUUUACGUGCCAAGGUUAUGUCUUGCUAAUAUGAGGUUUUACAUUUAGCUUUUCCAAGCUGGUCUCAAAAUAUUGUCUUCAAAAUGUAAAUGUUUGCUGAUUGUCAUUUUAAAAGUUUCAAUUUGGAAUCAACAUAUAGGACAUUGUGACAGUUGUAAUUCUGUUGAAUUUUGGUGUCUGCUAUUGUCCGGUGUGGAAAUUAGAUCUAAAAAAAUGAAUGUAAAAAUGUGAUUGUGAUCUUUUGCUGUUAUAUCUUCUUGCUUUGUUCUGAAAAUACCAGUGCAAGUGAACAAUAAUUAUUGUGUGAAAAAAUGUUGAUUAAUUUCUUGAUGAAUAUAUUGAGUAGUAUACUGUUUAGUAUAUCUAUAUUGAGGAAAUAAUUUUUUAUAUUAAAUCUUUAAAAUAUA